AUGGAAGGUGAAAGCAACACCACAGUGAACAAAUUCCUACUCCUUGGCCUCACUGGAUCUACAGCUGUCAAGCCCUUCCUCUUCAUCACCUUCAUUGCCAUUUAUGGAGCAACAGUGGUGGGAAACCUCCUCAUCGUGGUGAUGCUUAUCUGUGAGCCCAGACUUCACACACCCAUGCACAUUUUGCUGGGAAAUCUCUCCUUCCUGGUUUGUUGUUACUCCUCUAUAACUGCCCCCAAGAUGUUGACUGGCUUCCUCCUUCCCCCACCACAGGCAAUCUCUUUCGUGGGCUGCAUGGCCCAAAUUUUCUUUUUCCACUUCACUGGAGGAAUCAAAAUCUUCCUCCUUACUGUCAUCGCCUACGACCGUUACGUGGCUAUCUUCCAUACACAUCGUUACAUGAUUGUGAUGAAUCAAAUGGUGUGUGUAGGGCUACUAGUAACAUGUUGGGUAGGAAGCUUCCUUCACUCUGUUGUCCAAGUGGCCAUCAUUGUUCAGCUUGCUUUCUGUAGUCCUAAAGAGCUGGACAACUUCUACUGUGAUGUAACUCAAGUAGUCAGAUUGACUACACAGACCAUCAUGACGGAGCUGUUGAUGGUAUCCAAUAAUGGCCUAGUAACCCUUCUUUGCUUUAUUGUAUUAGUCAUCACCUAUUCCAUCCUUUCAGUCAAACUGAGAAGUCAUUCCAAUCAAGAGCGUCGCAAAGGUCUUUCUACCUAUGCCUCCCCUAUGUCUGUGGUCAUGCUCAUCUUUGGACCUUGUAUCUACAUCUAUACCAGGCUUUUUUCUUCCUACCCAGUGGAAAAAGCAAUCUCACUUCUCUACACAGUUAUCACACCUGUCUUGAACUCUGUCAUCUACAUGUUAAGGAACAAGGAUAUAAAUGUGUUCUUGAGGAAACUUUGGUGA